AUGGUGCGGAUCCCUAGAGGCUCAGGCUGCUUGUGUGCACCGCUCUAUACAGUGCCGGCUACCCCAAACGAUUCAGAUGAAUCUACCCCCGCCGCACCGCCAGUUGCAUCACCUGCGCCGGGCAAAGUCCAGAAGUCCGCACGGAGGCAGAGCCAUAUCCAGGCAGCACCGGAGAACAUUGCUAAGGCCUUGGAAGCCAUGCCGGACGAUCUCAAGUUGGAGGAUCGGGCGCCUAAAUACUUGGCUGGCCUCCCUCAACACCAGCAUGUUCGGAAUGAAAAUCAGUCUCCCAACCUCAAUGACAAACCCUCGCCUCCAUCUGUCGCCCCGAAUAGUGAAAGAUCAUGUUGCGGUGGGCAGUCAAGUGCUUCCGUAGCACCGAACCCCGUGACUCCACAACAGUCUAGUCAAAACCAGCGACCUGUCUUGGAUGAGACCGGCUUGCCAUACGUGGGCUACCCAUGGCAAAACCUAAUGCAUUCGACGCAGCCACCGCUCAUGCAGCCUUUUGGCAUGCAGAACACCCCCAUUCCACAGCCGUACGUGGAAGAUUACUCGUCAAAUACGCCCUCUGCACCAUAUGUGCACUCAAUGGAUCGCCUUCAUAUAUCUGAAAGCCCCAUGUCUCCGUUUGCCGCCCAAAUUCCCUAUGCUUCGGCACCCGCAGCAACUCCUGGGGACUGUCUUGAUUGUGAAUGUGGAGAUGACUGCCAGUGUCUAGGCUGUAUCACUCACCCCUUCAAUAAAACAACUCGCCGGCAUGUACAAGAAAUGAGUGCUAUGAUGUCGUUUGACAGAGAUGAGCAAUUCACCGAAUCCGUGACGGAACCCUGGAGACGCCAUCCUUUGCACGGCAAUUCAAUGACUCAUGAACAAUUCAUGCGACAGCCACCUAUAGACCCUCGCACGCACCAAACCCUCAACCAAUACGAUUACUUUGAUCUCAACUCGGCUGUGCCUAGCGGGUAUGCGUCUCCUCUUCCAGGAAACAACCAGCUGAUGAACACAUCGGACUACAUUACUCUGGAAUACCCCGUUGGAAUACCUUCGGCUUGUUCCGACGUCACAGGCAGUUGCCAGUGUGGAAACGACUGUGCCUGCUUUGGAUGUGCCACUCACAGCGGCCAUAACGGUAUUCCCUUAAAUGCACCCUUGCCCGUAUCAUCUAGUGUCAACACUACAGGGUCCCAGACUCCGUCUCAGACAAUGGCCGUCACAACGCCCGAUGGUUCGCAAAGUUCCCGUUUUUCAGUAUUGGAAAACGUUUCUGCGCCCUGCUUAAGUCACCGCCAGUUUCACACCCAUUGA